GUGAAACAAAAUGGCGGCAAAGACAAAGUACGUGUUGGGCAUUGAUCUGGGUACAUCGUCAAUUAAAGCAACUCUGCUUGAAAUCAAGAGCAAAUGGUCCCAUGCAAGAUACAGUGAACAGACUUCCGCUUCAAUUCAAAGUGAAAACCACAACUUUGCUAUACAAGAUCCAGAUAAAAUUCUCAAAACAUUGGAAAGAGUUUUAUUCAAAUUCGAACGCAAGGACUUAGAAAAUGUUACAAAAAUAAGCAUUUGUGGCCAAAUGCAUGGAUGUAUGUUUUGGAAGAAAGACUACUUGUUUACUUUGUUACAAACCAGGGGCAAAGACGAUGGUAUACAUCUGGACAAAGAAAGUGUCAGCAGUCUGAUAACUUGGGAAGACAGGCGUUGUACUGAUGGGUUUCUCUCAUCCCUCCCCAACCCCAGUACAAAUAUACCCAUCUCAACUGGGUACGGCUGUGCCAGUAUUUUCUGGUUGACUAGAAACAAGCCUGGUUUUCUGGAUAAGUUUGACUGUUCGGGGACUGUGAUGGAUUUUGUGGUAUCCAUGUUUUGUUGUUCUUUGCGAUGUGGUAUUAUGUCCUCCCACAACGCCGUCAGCUGGGGCUACUAUGACAACCUCAACAAAAGAUGGGAGCUAGAGAGCCUUCAGGCUGCUGAAUUCCCUGUCCACCUGUUACCUAAUGUUUAUGAGCCUGGGACGAUUGUUGGUCUGCUGUUCACAGAUUACUGCGGUAUUCCCAAGGGGACCCCUGUGGGGGCUGCCCUUGGAGACUUUCAUUGCUCAAUGUAUGCUUGUCAGCAGAAUAAGACAGAUGCAGUUCUCAACAUUGGAACAUCUUCCCAGUUUGCUAUACUGGCACCAGUAAACCAUCAGCUCAGUGUGGAUGAAAAUGAGUCAUGUGAAGCGUGGCAGAUGUGGCCAUAUUUUAAAGGAGAUCAAGUGAUGGUGGCGGCUUCCUUACAUGGUGGCAAUGUCAUAACCCACUUUGCGGAGACAGUGAAAUCCUGGAUGGAGGAGCUGAAAAUUCAAGAGAUCCCAAACACAGAAACUAUCUACAAGAAUUUACUUGCAUCUGCUGACAGUAUGACCACACUGGCUAUCAGGCCAACCAUAUGGGGGGAGAGACAUUCGACAAAUCUUACAGGCAUGGUUUCCAAUAUUCUGAGUGGAAAUACCUCACUUGGUGAUAUCACCGCUGCAAUUUGCCAAGGAAUGUUAGCAAACUUGCAUGAGAUGUUGCCAGGUGAAAGGUCAAGGAGAUGUGGUGUGAAAAGGAUUGUGGGCACUGGGAGGGCUCUGGUCCAGAAUGACUUGAUGCAGGAACUUGUUAAACAAGUUUGGGGGCUUCCCCUUGUGCUGUGUAAAGAGAAUGAUGCUUCUUUGGGUGCAGCAUUGGCUGUGCUUGAAUGCAACUAAACUACAGUUUGACGUCAAUCACCACAAUUAAGUGUAUGUAUGUAUACACCUAUUUUAAAUGGGGUUUUACACAAGAAUCCACAAUUAUUAUACACAAGUGUGCCUAUCCCGUAGUGUUUCGUGGGUAAACGAAGUCCUAGUCUCGUGUAUGUUGGUAGGCACAAAAACAAGGAGGCUAAUGCUGUCUAAACCUUUUGCUUUACUCAAUUUUUUUGGUGGAUUCUCUGAAUGCAACAUUAUUUGAAAUAUGUGUAUUUAUUUCUACUCCGAAAACUCAAACUCCUUGCUCUCUCAAACUAGCAGGUAUGAGCUGCCGUGAAACUAUGUUUGAGUUUUUUUUAUUGCCUAGUAAGUCACCCUUUCCUCUUUUCCUUUGAGGUUUAUUCAAAGUUGUGCAACAUACGAAAACCCUUGUCUGGAAAUAGAGCAUACCAAACAAGCAAAACUGCUUCUUAAGUUCGAUUUUCAACAUGUGUUUCUACAAGAAAGGAUUCUUGGAGGUUUUGCAACAGGGUUUUAUGACUGUAUACACCUAUGUAUGUGUAUAUAUCAUGUUUCUAUUCCUCUUAAGCCUAUGUGCAAUGAUGUACAUUGAAAUAGUUCAAAAAAGUCAUAUGGUUAUCCACAUCAUGAUAAUAACACAUUUUUGAAACAAUAUGGAGAUACCAAAAGCAAUAUGGAGAUAAGUGGGUUAUCGUGAUUACCAUCUCUUUAAUCAAUCAGAUUGCAAGGGAUAAGUCCCUUGAGUCUGGCAGUAAAAUUUACUCAACAUAAGCCAAUCACAAUUGACCCUUUGGUAAGUAACCCAAACUUAAAACCAUAUGUUUUCCAAAAUGGGCCGAUUGCCUCCUUUUUAUCUCGAUACAAAAAACGUAUCUGUUUUAAAUACAUAUAAGAAGAGUUUCCAUGGUAAAAGUUUAAUAAAUUCUUUGAAACACCUGAGUUCGGUAUCAAAUCAUGUAUUUCACAAAGCACCAAAUUCUUGUGGAACAUAUUGAAAGUGAACAAUUCGUGAUAAAAGAACAAACGAAAUGGACUUUUUCACUGAACACUAAAGGGAUAGUCAUAAUCUGACCUCUUGAUAACCUGGAGUGUGGGUUGUGUAAAUAAAUAGAAGCUAAGUGCAUCAUUUGAAUGGUCUAUUCUAAAAUCUGGCUACAUUAGCUAUAUAAUAACAGCAUAUUUUGUAUGCAUUGGGAUUGAUAGCCCACUCUAUCAGUACGACGCAAAUCUAAAAGAAUGCAACCUGCCAUGUAUCCAGCUCUAAUUCGAAUAACUCCAAUUGCUCAUAAUCUUGUGUAAACAACAGUUCUCAAGUAGCCUGCAAAAUUACUCAUAGCUAUAAAUAGCUUUUGGUGUUUCACAAUAUUAUUCCCU